AUGGAUAAGCAGCUUACAUCGAUAUUCCCAGACGUGGAGGACAAUACAUAUACUCUUCAAAGAAAAAUAGAAUUACUGAAAAGUCGAAAAGGUGAUAUGGAUGAAAAAUUACAAAAUGCAGCAUGUCAUUCUGGGAAAAAACGCAAGAGUGAGGUUGAAGACUGGAGGAACAAUGUUGAAAACAUUAUAAAAGAGUUUGAAACCUUGGAACAACGAGUACAACAAAGCAGAAGUAUUUAUCAUGUUUUCAAACGACAAGUGUUGGCUGAACAGCUUGAAAGAAUGCAUAAGGAAGCGACGGAACUUGUUGAACGAAGUGAUUUUCCUAGCGGGCUUUUUCUUGAGAUUGAUGAGAGUAUUGACCAGUUAUUGUUAACACACGAACCAAUUGACCAAGCAUUUCAACGAAAUUUAGAUGACAUUUGUAAGUCAUUAAUGGAUGUCAAAGUCAAAAGCACAAGCAUUGGCAUUUAUGGAAUGGGGGGAGUAGGCAAAACGACUCUGGCAAAGCGUGUCCAUGAUAAGCUCAAAGAAUCCACAUUCUCGGGUCAUGUUUAUUGGUUCACCGUCUCUCAAGAGUUCAACAUUGACAAAUUGCAAAGUGACAUUGCCCAAGCAUUGAAUCUACAUUUUUCAUGUGGCAGUGAUGAGACGAAAAGGGCAGCUCAACUGUUCCAGGCAUUCAAGAAAAGGGAGAGAUUCGUACUUAUACUGGAUGAUGUUUGGCAAUGGAUUAACGCAGAGAAGAUAGGAAUUCCUUUAGAAGGGGAUGGAUGCAAGUUGGUCAUAACAAGUCGAUCAGAAGAUAUUUGUCGACGUAUGAGCUGCAAGAAGAUUAUCAAAGUGAACACACUUCCCAAGCCUGAAGCUUUGANCUCAUCACAUUGGCUGGAAGCGUGA